AUGAAUGAUAUCGAAUAUUUAUCAAAAACUGAGAGAAAGUUUCUGAGUGAACACUCUUAUCCUCUAACUCUCACGAUUGAUGAGUUAACAAAGCCUGCAAUAAAAAAAAAUCGUAAUCAUGAUCCGAGACCACAAAACUGUUGGGUUAUAUUUCGAAAAGAUUAUGAAGCUAAUAAACGUCUACAGAACCCUGAUGCUAAGAAAACAGUCAAAAAGAUAACAAAGGAAUGCAGUUUAAAGUGGAAAUCGCAAUCGAGUGAGGUCAAACAUUUUUUCAAAAUAUUAGAGAAGAUAGCUUUUGAGAAGCAUAAGCUUAUGUACCCUAAUUAUAAAUAUAAGCCAAACAAUGCAAAAAGGUCCAACUAUAAAAAAUUUAGAUUUCGAGAGCAGAAAAAAUAUUUAUCUACUUCGCCAGCCAAGUCCAGCGCAAUAGAUCUUAAUUCACCUCAAGAAGCAAUACCAAUCGACGGGUCGUCACCUUUAACUUUCAAUUCACAUCAGGAAGCAAUACCAAUCGACGGGUCGUCACCUUUAACUUUCAAUUCACAUCAGGAAGCAAUACAAAUCGACGUGUCAUCAUCUUCGAUUUUCAACCCACAUCAGGAAUCAAUACAAAACGACGGGUUAACUUCAACAACCAUUUAUAAUCAAGAUUAUACUAAUGAUUUUGCUCAAAAUUCGAUCGACACAUAUAUAUGA